AUGUCUCUGUUCAAAUAUCUGCAAGAAAAACUUAAGAAUUCUAAAUGGCGACACGAGGCUAGAAAGAGGAAAGAGAGCAGAACUCAAAAAGAAGUGUUUAAUGCUAUUGCAGAAGGAUAUAUCAUGUUGGCCAGAAUUUUAAUAAAUGGCAGAUUUGACAUAAAUUGUAAAAAUUCUAAUGACGAAUCUUUGUUAAUAACGUUAUGUCGAACAAGUACCAAUGAAAAUGAAGAAAAGUUGUGUUUUGUGCGAUUUCUCUUAAAAGAAGGAGCGUAUGUGCACCAAAAAGACAAUUUUGGAAGAACAGCUCUAUAUUAUGCUAAAAGAAAUGGACUUCGGAAAAUAUCACAAGAACUUGUGUAG